UGAGGAACAGUUCAGUCCAGUGUUUUUACUGCAUUCAACCUUAUAUUUUGAACGCUCUUAUCUAGAACCAUCUUUACUAGACCCGAGAGAGAUAGAGAGAGAUAUUCUACAUCAGAUUUUACUUCCAGGAACAUGGGGACAAACAGCAUUGACACCAACGAGGUCCUGGAGAUGUUGGGGUUCAAAGUGCUCUGCGAACUCCGCCGUGGAUCCUUUGGCUGUGUUAAACUUGCCGAAUCUGACAGACACCUUAGAAACGUGGCCAUCAAAGUGAUAGACUUGAAGCAAAUACCGUCUUGUUUCACCGCUAAACAUUUACCCAAUGAACUCGCGAUACUUAGAACAGUGAAGCACCCUCACAUAAUUGAGAUGCUGAACCUGUUUGAGAUGCCUAACAGGGAGGUGUAUAUUGUGAUGGAGGCUGCUCCAACAGAUCUCCUCACCAUGGUCCUGGAGUUUGGCAGAAUCCCUGUUAGGCAGGCCAGUAUAUGGUUCUACCAACUUCUCAGUGCUGUGGACUAUCUUCACCAAAACGACAUAGCCCAUCGAGACCUCAAGCUCAACAACGUGCUCCUGGCUUGGAACGGUGAAAUCAAACUGACCGAUUUUGGCUUCGGAUGCUUUUCAAAAGGCUAUCCUGAUUUAAGGAGCUCACUGUGUGGAAACAAACACUAUUCCGCCCCUGAGAUGCACAGUAAAAACUAUGAUGCAAAGAAAAACGAUGUUUGGAGCCUGGGGGUGAUUUUCUACGGCAUGAUCAUCGGCGAGUUACCCUUCAUGAGAUCCACACUGGAGGACUUGAUCAAAUUCCAGCGCAUAUCCUUCACCUAUUCAGAUCACGUGGAGGAACCAUGUAGGGCCUUUAUCUCCUACAUGCUGCAGGGCAACCCUUCCACUCGGCCUUCUGUGAAAGAGGUGCUGCAGCACCCUUUUCUGGAAUCGGCACAAGAAAGAUGUUUAGGGAGAUUUGUGGUGGUUCCAGUCCUUGAGCUAGAUUUCACAAGUCAAACUGAGGAGAAGAAGGAGGAGAAAGAGGAUGGGGAGAAGGAAGAGGAGAAGAACGAGGAUGAGGAUGAGGAGAUAUCUGGCUGCUGUCCAUUUUAUGCUGCAUUUAAAAAGAAAGCUAAAGCUUAUGUUGCAGCACCAAUUAUUAGAGCAGCCAGGAAAAUUAGAAAGAGGAUGAAGAAGAUAUUUGGGAGGGACGAUCCUGUCUAGCAGGAGAAGGAGAAGAAAGAGGAUGAGAAUAAGGAAGAGGAGGAGAAAGAGAAAUAGUAUGAGGAGGUGGUAGUGGUGGUACCUGGCUGCAGUCCACUUUUUGCUGUAGGAGGAGGAGAAAGAGGAUGAGGAUAAGAAGGAGGAGCAGGAGAAGAUCAUAAGAAAGGAGGAGGAGGUGAAAGAAUAAGAAGGAGAAAGAGGAGAAGGAGGAGAAGGAGGUGGUGGACGAGGUUCUCAGCGAAGACAGGAGGGUCUGUCACGCGAGUCAGAAGCUAUGGAGGCACAGCAGUGGGAGAGGCAGAAAGUCUGGAGGUCGAAAUUCACUCUUUUUUUUUCUGUAUAUCCGAUGUCCACCCAAGGAGGUUGGGUUCCUCUUUUGAGGCGUGGCUCCUCCCAAGGUUUCUUCCUCUUAAUCCGAGGGAGUUUUUCCUUGCCCCUGUCGCCACAGGCUCACUCAGAAGAGGCUGGGAACUAGAAAAAACAGGCUAUGUUAUGUCCAUUAACUGCGAGGGCUUCACCGCCGUAUAAAAAACAAGGGCCAAGAUUUUGUAAUUCUAAACAAAUACAGU